UAUGCCAAACAAAGUUCGAAAUUUCUGGACGAAACAGAAGUUUGAGCAAGUUCUCAAGCACGGAUCCCUGCCAUUUGCUGGUUCUGUACCGCGAAGAAGUUGCCAUUAUUGAGAAACAAGAAACUCGAGUAUCUUUUCGGCGGUAAUCAUUACUGAACUUCAGUAACGACUACUAGUUUAAAUUUUGGGCUUGACAAUAAUUUUCUGGGCUUGAACAGUAAUUUGGAACACGUCUUUCCUUGAUUAAAUGGAUGAACCAGCCGAAGAGGGAUUUACUGAAAAGGAGAAUGACUCUUUUACUUCAGUCGCGACAGAAAAAACCCAUAUUACAGAAAGCGAUGGAGAUGAUGCAACCUCAGGCAAGGAAGUAAACGAAGCACUGCCAGAAGACAAAGAAUCAGCUUACAAAGAACCUGAUGCAUUAGAAAAUGACAGUGAUCCUGAAGAAGAAAAACAGGAUACAGAUUGCGCACAACUAGAGAUACCCAGAGGUGGAGAUCAAGACAUCAUUAAAGGUCUCGAGGAUGAUGUUGCGACAGCGUUUGUAGAAAAUGAUGCUGACUUGGCCACCGGUGGCUUGCUCGACCAUGAAAUGUCAGCAGCGGAGAUCGAUGGAGAUGAAAAGGAUUCAAGACAAGAAACAGACGGAUUUUCAGUGGAAGAGAAAAUAUCUGGCAUAACUGACCCAGAAUCGUCAAAUGAGCUCGAAUCUAAACCUCAGGGUUCUGUAUUGGAGGAAGAUUUGCCUACUACUUCAGGCAGGGAUCUACAGGACACCUAUUUACUAACUGAGCAUGAGGAUGUGGCAGACAAAAAUCAUCAACAAAAACAAGAAGAAGAUGAAGAUAUCUCGGUAAUGCCAAUAGAGUUGGAUGAGAGUAUGGAUGAAUUUCAAAAAUCUGAAACCUUCAAAAUGGUGGAAGAUAGCACCUUAGAAAAAAAAGAUUCAAACUUCCAUGACGACCAGGAGAAUGAAGACCGUAGCAUAGUCGAAAAGGAGAUUGUAACCGAUAAUCUUGAUGAGAGUAAGGAUGAAUUUCAAAAAUCUGAAACCUCCAAAAUCGUGGAAAACAGCACCUUAGAAAAAAAAGAUUCAAACUCCUAUAACGACCAAGAGGAUGACGAGGAGAAUGAAGACCGUAGCAUAAUCGAAGAGAUUGUAACCGAUAAUCCUGACAGGUAUUUGCAACAACAUGAUAACAACUUCGAACAAAACGCUCAGGUAAACAAUACUAGUGAAGUGGAGGAUGCACCUUCACAUAUUGAUGGCGAGGGAAGCGAAGGGACCACAGAACACUUUGAUGACGUCGAAGGCCGGGAAAGUGGUUUUCAGGAAGGACAGGAGAAUUAUGACGAUGAGGAAAACCGAUCAAUUCCAGAAGCGGUUGAACGAGAUGGACUUAAAGAUGAGGAGAAAAGGUCGGAAAUGGACAAUGUUUCAUUGCAUUCUGAAAUACACGACGAUGAAGGCGCUCUUGCGCGAGAUGAGGUACAAGAUAGUCAUUCAAAGGAGAGGGCCACUUACGAGUCUUAUUUGGAAGACGACUUCCUUGCAAACGAUAGAGUUUCAGGCGGUUUCUAUGGUGAUGAUGACUUAUCAUCGAUAUUUUCCGAUGACGGUCGCGACAUGUCAAACAUACUUCAAGAAAACAGGAUCCUGAAAGAGGCCAUGAGCCAGCUUAGGAACGAUAACCCCGAUGGAUUCAACGACACCGUCAGCGAAACUUCAGAUGAAAUUGAUGAUUUUCAUUCGUACCCGUACGGAACAGGUACCGACCAUAAAUUGCAGACCAGCAAGUGGAUGGCGGACAAAGACUUAAGCGACGCAAGGAUCAAUGAGAUGUUACGAGAGAAGAGGGAUAACCAGGCAAAAAUACGACAGAUUGAGAGAGAAAAAGCGAUCUUUGAACGAAGAUAUAGGCAGGACAAAAUAGAAAGGGACUUCCUCGAGGAAAGAUUCAAUUUAAAGUCCUCUCAACUCGAGGACGAAAUAAGGAAUUUAAAACAAGAAAACCAACGGCUAAAACGAGGAAAUACACAAGGAAAAGUUACGACUUCAAGUCUUGGAGUAAAGAGUUUUGAAAGCUCAAAAGAACCAGGAAUUGCCUCCCUAAGUGAUGAUAAUAAUGGCCGCUCACCCGGGCAAAAUGGCUACGCUUUAGAUAUCGCCAUCUUGGCAAAAGAAAAUGAGAAAUUAAGUGAAAUAAUAGACCACCUGCAAGACGCCCCCAUGAGUGAUCCACUCAACGACUUCGUUGAGAAUUUGGACAAAUAUGUUCCCAAAGAAGAAUACGUGAAGCUAGAAAAGGAAAAGCUUAAGUUAGAAACAGCAUUAAGGGAGAAGGAACGGAUGUUGAAGGAUCAGGAGAGAUUGAUGGAAGAGAUGAAAUUUGACUUAGAGGAAGAAAUGGAAAUCCUGAAAGACAACCUGAAAAAGGCAGAAAAUAAGAACAAAGAGAAAGCCAAAUUAUUGAGUCAGAAUGACAUUAAGAUAGUGGAUAUCAAAGCUAAGUUUACAGAAAAAGUAAGCAAGCUCGAGUCUAAAUUAGAACAAGAAGUUUUUAAGAAAGAAAAACUUGAGUCGGUUAUUGUCAAUCUGAAGAAGUGCAACAACAGCUUUGAAAAAGAAAUCCAUGACAUGAAUAAUCGAGUUGAAAAACUACAAAAACAAGAACUGGAGGUGGAAGCCAAGACUCGUCGAAAAAUGGAGGACUUGCAAGAACGCUUGAGAAAAGAAACAGAGGAAAAAAACAAGCUCAGUCGAAAUGUCGAAGCUCUACUACAAGACUUAAUGCAUUUGAAAAGUAAAAUGCUUGAAGAUUCGGAGAAGCACGCCAAAGAAAAAGAACUGUUGAGAGAAUCGGUUGAAACUGAGAAGGCAAGAAUAAUUGCAGGACGAGAGAACGAAAACUGGCGACUGAAGGCUGAACUGGAUGAGGAGAGGAAAAGAAAUGAACAGCUAAUCAGAAGAAUGGCAGAUAUUCCAAGAGAAACGAUCGCUUCUGUAAUGGAAAGCACGACGGAGUCGGGUAUUUUUGAGGGUGCUUUCAAUGACAUGGAACCAGAAGGUCUUUUAGAGAGCACCAUACAAGAAAAGCAGUAUAACGAGCCAGAGAGGGAUAACAUUGUUUCCGACAUGAAUGAAGGCCGCGCUAAAAGUGAAGAACGGUCAUGGAAUAGUACCACACUCACAGAAGAUAACAGCGGUGACACCAACAGACUGCAGAAGAAAGUCUUGGAAGUAACAAAAUACAACAGCAUUAUGAAGCGAAGAAAUAAAGAGAUAGAAGAAGAGAACAUCAAUUUGAAGGAAAAGAUAGAGAGAGUAGGUAGAGAUGUGACUAAGAUGAGAGAACUCGAGGAUAAAAACGAAGAGCUACAAGAAGAAAUUGCUCGAAACAUAAAGAAGCGAAGCGAAAUGCAAAAGAAACUGGACGACAUGAUUGAAGAAAUCGAUGACAUCACCAAAAAUCUGAAUAAAGUAGAAGGGAAUAAUGCCUAUCUCAGCGACGAAGUUGAACGGCUAACAAAGAAGAUCAAAAUGAUGGAGGAAGAGUUUGCCGAUGAGAAGUCCAAAUUAACAUCAUCUAUGGAACUGAACAAGAAAAACGCAAUCGAUGAAACUGAAAGACGUCUGGAAGAGCAAAAGGCAAGAGGCAAGAAACUGGACACUGAAAUAGAAGAUCUCCAAUGCGAUAUAAGGACUCUUAAAGACGCAAAAAGGGCAGCAGAGGAGAAAUAUGUGAACGACACGAAAGAACUCGUUGAAAGGCAUAAUUCGGAGCUGGCUAAAGAACGAGAAAGGUACCGACAACUGCAGGAUGAGUUGAAUAACAACGCUGGAGCUGUUCGAAGGGUAACUGAGGAAUGGGAACAGAUGCUCCGAAGUGCUGUGUCCAGAUACGAAGACGACCUGCAGAAGAAUGAAGAUGAACGAAGGAAGUUGGCAGAUGAGUUUCAACGCCAGAAGGAGGCCAUGAAGUCUCGAUUUGAGAAAGAAAAAGCCAAGUUGGAACAACGCAUUAUAGAAAUUGAAAGAAAUGCAAGAUCACCACCAGACGCCAUUAGUAGUUAUCAAGAUCUACAAAUAGACCUCUUCUAUGACCAAGCACCUCAGGAAGGUUAUAGUGAGGACGAAAAUUAUGCCAUAAGAGAUAUUGCCGAGGCAAAUGACAAAAUAAAAGGUCUUCAAAACGAGAAGCAGAAACUUGAACAGAAACUAGCUCAAAUUCAUAAGCAGUACGAAAAACAAAAAACUGAUUUGGAAAAAAGACAGCGAGAGGAAACGCAGAAGCUCGAGGAGGCACUGAAAGAGGAUUUCAAAAGAAGAAUGGAAGAAAACAAGAAAUACUAUGAAGACCACUUAGACGAUAUCCGACGAACACACGAGAAAGAGGAGGCAGAACUAGCUGAAAGAUUUAAAAAGGAGAAAAAAGAGCUGGAAGAGAAAAUAAAACAAGAUUUUUCGAAUAAUUUGUCUUCUAGGAGCACUGGUCUUGAAAACAAAAUACAAGAUCUCGUUUCUCAGAAAGUACAAGAGCAAAAAGACAUAGCAAAGAAAACGGAAGAAAAAUACAACACGGCACUUGCACAAAUGAAAACUAGGGUAAAAGAAAUGCAGAGUGAAAGGAAUGAAAUGAAAAGAAGAUUCGAAAGAGAAAAGAAUGUAUUGGAGGCCACGAUACAGGCAUUAACGAAAGAGCUUGAAAAAGGAAAACAGGAAAAGAAGGAUCUAAAAAAGAAACAGAAGAAAGACAAAGCAGAAAUGGAGGAAGCUUUUGAAAAUGAAAAGAAAGAGAUGAGGCAGAUAUGGGAAAAGUGUAAACUUGACACAAUUAAUCAAAUCGAAGAAGAAUGGAUAGAAAAAGUGAAGAGUGAAAAUGCAAAAUCUGAAAUUUUAAGGGAAGAACUACGCGGAGAUUUUGAAGCAAGGAUGAAACAAAUGAAACUGAAGUUUAAAGCAGAAAAAGCAGAGCUUGAGAAACGGCUGGCAAACGCUACCUCUGAGGCUAACUCUCUUGCAGAAGCUAAGAAGGACAUGGAGGCCACCAUGGAAGAGGAUUAUAGGCGCAAACUGCAAAAGGAAAAAGAAAACAUUGAAAGCACACUACAAGGUCUCCGCCAAGAGAUAGCACGGCUGCGAGAGCACAGGAAACAACUACAAAGUCAAAUGUCUAACAGAGAAGGUCGCGCAAACGUCAGUGUUCCGUUAUCAAUGGAAAAUAAUGCACAAGUCUUAGCGAAGUUGGACAAUGAAUACCAGGAGCAGAUAAGGAGAGAAAAGGAACAUCACGAAGGCAGAAUGAGAGAAAUGGAGGAAGAGAUCGAAAAGCUCCAUGUCGAUCUUUCCCAAAUGAAGACCAAAGCCCGCCAAGAAAAAAGCAAGGUGAAAGCAGAAUUUGAAAGGGAAAGAGAAGAGAUGGAGGAGCAGUUCGAAAAAGAGAGGAGCGAGUGGCGGACGAGGAUGAAUUUUAUCGCAACGAUACAACCUGGGGGAUCACAAAGAAGAUCAGCUCACUUUGAGAGACGUUCACGCGAUCUGCGGGAGAGAGAAUUGUACCACAGCGAUAGAAAUCCUCACAGAAUGCAGCACAGUGGGGAAGCACGAAGUCAACAACAUUAUGAUGUGUUGUCUUCGACUGGGGAACUCUACAAGGCAAAAACGAUGAACGCAAAAUCGUUUCAAUUAAUCUUGGUGUGUGGACUUCGCUGGUACGUAGAUGCCACUGAAUAUCUAAAAUAUAUUUUCUCAUUUUUGCGUAGACGAUAUGGGGUAAAGACAAACACGAUGGAGAGUUCACAACAGAGUGUAGAAAAUUUGGAAGUUGAACUAGAAACGACAACUGGUAGCCUUGAAACACGCGCGCAAGAGAAUUAUCGACACGAAAUAGAAGACAUAGUGAGAGGAUUUAUUAUUGAGAAAGACAUUUUGGCCCAAAGCCAUGAAGAGGAAAUACGUCGGAUGAAAAAGAGCUUUGAUCUGGAAAGAAAACAACUUCUGCAUCAGCUGGAAUUGGACAAGGACCAAAUGAUAGAAACUUCAAGAAUAACAGAAUCCACAGCGAAUGGUGUCGCUUUCGCCGUUUCGGAUACAGUUUCUCACGACACCGGUCAAAUUCGCUCUUUUUCAGGCGCGGAGAGCUUAGCGGGCGCACAGCGGUUGGGAAGCUUUCAACCAGUUUCUAAUGGGGGCCAUGAUAUUUAUGAUGUGGAUUCCAAUUUAAUACGCGAAAUCGCGGAGGUAUAUCUACGAAUAAAUAAUGGUCCUUUGACCAGCCAGAUGCAUCCAGAACUAGACUUGGAGGAUAAAUAUGAGAGAGAAAGGGAGUCACUUGAGAGGACCUUCCACUUAGAAAAACGCGAGAUUAAGCGAAAAAUGGAGGAGGAAUAUCAACGCCGGUUAGAACAAGAAAGAAUGAAGUACGAGGCAAAUAUAGCCGAGAUGAAGACAACUGUUUCUGAGCUACAUUGGCAGAAGAGAGAAGCUGAAAACCACCUCCGUCACGAGAAGGAGAAAUGGGAAAUGAAUUCGGAAAGGGAUAAAAACGACAUCGAGAAAAAGUACUUGCAGAUGCUUCAAGAUACGCGACGAAAAUUGGACGAAAAGCAUGGUAGUGAGCUGGAGAAACAAAGAAAGAAAUACGAAGAAAACAUUUCUGACUUGCAGAUGGAUAUUUCGAAGUUAACGUUACAGCUGAAGGAGCUAAACGAUAAUUUGAAUCAAGAAAAAGACAUAAUAAUGACCAAGUUCGAAAGAGAGAUAAAAGAAAUGGAGCAGGCUUUUUUAGAGCAGAGAAGCUCCUUAAAGGCUAAUUUCGAGGCAGAGUUUGUGAUGCGUCUUGAAAAUGAAACUUCACUUCUCAAAAAUAUCAACGUAAAGCUGAAGGAAGACUUGGAAAUCAUGGAAAAAGAAAGAAAAGAAAUGGAGAAGAAGGGUAAAGAAGAACGACGAAAGCUUGAAGAAAGGUUUGAAGAGGAAAUAUCGGAAAUGGAGCAGAGGUACUCUGAAGAAAAACGAGCUUUGAAACUGAAACUCGAAGAGAGAUACCAACUUGGACUUGUCAGAGAAAAGGGAGAAUUAGAGGAAACAAUUCAAGAAAUGGGCGAGGAAAUCGCGCUUCUGAAACAAGAGAAUGCGCAGAUGGAACUCACAUACGCCGAGAGGCGGGAAGAACUUCGAAGGCAGUUGGAGAUGGAGAGGGAAGACAUGAGACGAAACAUUACCAUCGAAAGGGAAGAGGUGCGCAUUCGAAUUGAAAAUGAGUUAUCGCAGAAGUUGAUGCUGGAAAAAUCGACUCAAGGCGAUAUCUUCCAACAGCACGAGAGAGAUGCACUCUUACUUAAAGCUAAGUGCGAUGAUUUUGAGCGACAGAUGUCGGCACUGACCCAGGAGCGAGAUGUGUUGAUACGAGACCGUGCAAGGCUCGAGGAAAAUCUAAGAAGCAAGGAGAUACGUCUGACGGAUAUGAACGAUGGACGGAUUUCGAACGCAGAGGGGUGGGACAGUGGCGCCAAACUGAAGGAAAUAAUCCGUGAAAAGGACAAUGAACUGGCAGCUAUAAAGUACGAGAAUCAGCAACACGAACUGAGUCUGUCAGCGAUGAGACGUGAAAAGAAUGAUCUCCAAGACGAGAUAGCCAGCUUAAAGCGGCGAUUGUCUAACUCAACGGAGCUUUUUGACGUUAAAUUCGGAAGCAAUGAAAGCGGAAUGGCAUCUUUAGAGGAGAGUUUGAGAAGAAAGGAAGGCGAGGUGAGCUCUUUGCAAAGAGAGAAGUAUGAUCUUGAGAGUCGACUAUCAUCCAUACAGCGAAAAAAUGAAGAACUAGAAGAUGAAAUUGCAACACUGAGGCGCAAAAAGUUGGACGUUGAAGAUGAAAUCUCUGCUUUGAAACGAGACAAAGCUGAAUCUGACAGUCAAAUGGGAUCACUGAAGAGAGACAAAGCAGAUCUUGAAGACCUUAUCACCAAUCUAAAGAGAAAGCAAGGGGAAGUUGAAGACACCAUGUCUAUUAUAAAAAGAGAAAAGGCAGAACUUGAACAUGAGAUCUCUAUCCUAAAACGGAAUAACACGACGAUGGAGAUUGAGGUUCACAGACAGUUCAACGAUCAACGAGAGAGAUCCCGUACCACGCAUCGCGAUCACGUCACGCAAGACAAAAUAACGCCGAGCGCUACGAGAGAGACCCUCUUCCAAUCACAAGACAGCUUUAUUUUAAAUAAUGGCGAUCACGGUUCUGAUCUUGAUAGGGACGCUGAUAAAUUGCAAACGAAAGUGUCUGACUUGCUAAAGCAACAAAAGGACUUAGAAAGCGCCAUACGAAGAUUAAGCCAAGAAAAGUCUGACCUUGAGAGGGAUUUAAGAGUACAACUCGAGUGCCGAAGAAAUGUACUACAUCAAGCCAACGAAAGCCCUUUACAAGAAGAUGGCAAAGAGGACAUUUGGGUGUUGCAGAGACAAAAAGACGACUUGGAAAGGGUGAUAACCUCCUUAAAGAAAGAACAACUUAAACUAGAAAGUGCGGUUUCUCAGUAUCACAUACAAGAGACAAGUUUGGAAGGGAAAUUGAACGAGCUAAAGGAUCACAAGGCGAAGAUGGAGCUGGAAAUCCAAGCACUGAACCACAAGAAACAAACGAUUCAAAAAACGAUUGACGUUCAUCAGAGAGACAAACGAGAGGUAGAUGGGAAAAGAAAGUUGCUUUCUGGGAUCCCUCGACUCAAGACUGAUAGAACUCAGGAAGACAACAACACAGAUCAACAGAUUACUGACCUGCAACAAGAAAGGGAUGACUUGAAAAUGCAACUCGUGCAGCUUCAAUCAGAAAUAGUCACAAAGAAUGUUCACUUCUCUGAAGAAGCCCUGCAAACUGAAGAAAAAGAAGUUCUAGAACUAACUAAGAUUCGCAAAGAGCUGGAGAAGGAGAUAACUCUUCUGAGGAGAAACAAGGCCGAAGUGGAAGCUGACAUCAUUGUCGUGCAAGAAGCUUUUAGACAAAGAGAGAAUGACGUCGAUUAUUUACGAAAAGAGAGAACGGAUCUGGAGCUGCAGAUCACAGCACUAGAAAGCCAAAUCACACGGCUGGGAGCUGAAUGCUCUGUGAUUAAAGAUGAGCGAGACAAAGAUGAGAACGAGGUUGAUAAGCUACGCAGAGAAAAGGCUGAAUUGGAGAGAGACGUUUUUAGUUUACAAAGCCAGCAACGGCACCUUGAGACGAAUAUUUCAGUGGGCGAUGAGGCUUGGAGGAAAAAAGCCAUAGCAACAAAUGGACUGCAAACAAAUGUCCAAGACAUCACUAACAAUCUGGAAACUUUGGCGAGGCGAAAAGAAGAUUUGCAAGCAGAAAUAAUAAAGAUCAAAGCGACAAGAGAUCAAGAGGAAAGAGAGAUGCAACAACUUCGCAGAGAAAAGUCCGAAAUUGAGGUUCAGUUGUCCGUGUUAAGGGCGGCGUCUAAAGAACAAGAACAAGAGUACAGGCCAGAGCAUGAAACGCAUGAUAAAGAGGGGUAUUUGGGAUCAAGGACUAACGACGUUUCUACCACACAGGAAGAACUAAAAGACGGGCUGAAACAAAAACAAGAUCUGCAGUCAGAAAUUUCAAAGAUCCAAACCCUAAAAAGCAACGAAGAAGACGAUUUGCUGAAUCUUCGACAGCAGAAAUCAGACAUGGAGAUGUAUAUUUACGAUUUGGAAAUUAAAAAACAGAGUCUUGAAAUGGAUGGGCUGUAUUCAAGAUCCGAGAGACAAGAACUAAGAAACGCACCAGAUCGAACGGAAGUAGAGGUGGCUUUCACAAGCGAUCGCCAAUUGGAUAAAAGUGAGGUUGACAAUUCACAAAACUACCAUACUUCACAACAGCAUGUAUCAUAUCAAACAACUCCAUUCUCAUCAUCAGAUAGUUAUCAGAUGACUUAUAAUAAUUCCGAUACCUCCAUCAAUAAUUCAUAUUUGCACAUCAAUCACCAACAACGCGGUCUUUCAUCUGAGACUCUCUCGACAAACCAAAACAGUUCUACACUCCACGAAGACUCCACCAAGGAAGACAACACCGUGGUCUCAUUGAGACGGGAGAGGAACGAGUUAGAAAGCCAAAUCUACGACAUGAGAAUACAGCUCACAAGACUGCAUGCAGAAGUGACGAGUCUGGAAAACAGAAGGACUGUUCUAGAAACAGUGCACCGGGAAUACGCUACCGUUGAUUUGGAAGUAAAGCUGACAAAAGGCCAUGCUGUUGGAGUUGACACUGAUCAGGACUGCAACACCGCAAGAUCUAUGACCGAGGAUGAGAAAGAUAUUUUAAUUCAAGAAUAUAAGGAUCAAAUUCGACAACUACAACAGCAAAAGCUUGAAUUAGAACAGAAAGUAAGCCUACUGGAGUGGCAGCUUGAAAACAUGAAACAAAAGCUGGAGCUUCAGGAAAUAACCCACCGACGGGAAAUGAGCACUUUGAGCGAAAAGAACCAGUCAUUUCAUGGUUUCCAAAGUGACAGACAAGAUGACACUCUCCAGGUGUUUUAUCAGAGGCUCUCCUAUUUCCUCAUGACUGGUGAACAUAGCAGCAAGGAAAUUAUGGAAGAAAUUGAAAGGCAAAUUUCAAACCUACAACAAAAGACGGCGUUUGAUUACAAAAACACUAAAGAAUUCGUGACCCCUGCCUCUGUGAAGCUGGAUAAAGAAAGAUAUUCUUCUAAAAUUGAUGGAACUGUUCCUCGGGAGUAUGCAACUCAAUUAAAGGCGCAGAUGGAAACAGCAGAUAAUCAGCUGAAAACAUGCGAGAAAAUAAUCCACAGAUUGUACGGUGAAAACAACGAUCUUACACAACAAAAUCUGAAUCUGGAGGGAAAGCUCAAGUCAGCAUCACGUUCUCAAGAGAAGCUUCAGCGCAAGAAAGUCCUUCUGCAAAAACUUGUCGAUAAACUCAAUGGUCAAGUAGAAAAAGAUGCGAUGCGACAUCAAUCUUACUUAGUAUUGGAACUCGAUAAAGAUGUUUCUUUAUAAAGGAUCGGUUUAACGGUUUUUAAAUGCGUACGAGAACCAAAAAAAAUGUUCAUCCGCACACUUUUUACUGGUUAUGUAAUUGAAACCUUGGGAUCCUUUUUUGUUUCUGAAGAAGAAACAAAUGCUGCGCAAGUCACGUGCCCAUUGGGUUGUUCAAUGAUUUUGUAUCAUCGUAUCGGGAAAAUGUAACGUAAACUUUUUAUAGGUUUUUUUUUAAUCAAUAUUUUCGGACUGGAAAUGUUUUAUUGUACUGAUUUAGUGAGAAACCUUAUAAACGGUGGGUUUUGCACCCUAAAAAAAUGUACAAAGUACUUGGAGGACUUAUUGGCUUCGUAGAGUUUCCCCUUUGAUAUUUCAUAUUUUUAGUCAAGGAAGAGGUGUAAGUAUUCAGACUAGGAGAAAGCCUAUGUACAUUAUUGCAUAAACAAUAAAUGGAGGCAAAACUUCGCACUUGGCCAUAUCGCGGGAAUUUGCCGGAAAAAUCCUGCGUCUCGUAAAUUUUUUUCAGGUUUUAUUCAAGGUUUUCGCAGUGUGAUCUACAAAGCGAUCUUUUGGAAAACCCCGUGGGAACGGAUUUGACUGAAAACUCGGGUUGAUGCUGAAUAACGCGCCAAAGUUUCGGUAGCUAACGAUCCUAAAAACUCUGUUUUUCUGUUGUUCAUCUCAAGAUUAAGACAUUAAUAUUCUCACAAAGCCUUGAAAUUUUAGAAUUGAAAUUGCCGUGAAACGAAACAGAAUACACUAGCUCAGGAGUGAAGACGGGCUCUAUUACUCUUAAGAUUUAUGGUUUGAAGUACAUCAAGGUUCCUAAAUUUUAAGGGACGUGCCCCCCUGAGGACCGAAUCUUGUCACUGAGGUUACCCCACUUCAUUCGCUGCUCUGUCCCCACGUCAGAGAUCUCUCGACU